AUGAUCGGGAUUGGAUUCAUGGGAGCCUCCAAAGUCCCAAACGCUCGUCGGACAAAGCAAAACGGAAUCGGGAAUUCUGUGGGUUUGUAUGAGAAGAAAGACAUCAGUGUAAAGGUUAAAAGGAGUAGCAAGAACAAUAAGACAAGCGACGCGUGGACACGACGCGUCGGAGUUCUGCAAAGGGAAAAGCGGCACAACAAGAAGGACAAGGUAUCGAAGGCGAAGGCAAGGAAGCAUACGUACUUUGACAAUUGGCAGCUAGAGGCGCACACCACCCGGCGGUUUGGAGAUCGAGAGCGAUCCAGAGCAGAGGAGCAUAGCAGUAAAAGCAAGAAACAAACCAGUCAGGACGAGAUCGAGAAGCUGUUUAUGAGAGAGGGGCGGGGUUUGGUUAGGAUUGUGGUUGUGAUUGGUGAGGCUUUCGUUAAGGUCGUUACAGGGAACAAAGACGAGCGAAAACCCAGGGGAACCCAGACAGUCGUGACUCGUACGGAGAAGCGAUGA